AUGGCCUCAUCACUAGGAAAAGAUGAUUCUAUUAUCAUCGUGGGAGCAGGUGUUUUUGGGCUCAGCCUGGCUUACGAGUUAGCGAGUGCCAGGGGAUACACGGAAAUUACGGUGCUUGAUCGAUCACUUCCCCCUGUGCCUGAUGGCAGCAGUGUCGACAUCUCGCGCAUCAUUCGAAGUGAAUACGCCGAUGAGGUGUACAGUCGUAUGGCUAAGGAGGCUAUGGUGGGCUGGCGUACCGACUAUUCGCAACAUUACCACGAGGACGGCUUUGUGCUUCUGGCUGAAGGUGACAAUCAUCCUUACGUGGAGAAGAUCCUCGAAUAUGGCAACAAGGACCCAAACACCAGAGCGCGUGCUUACAAAGUCAAAGAGACGCCUUCUGCCAUUAAGCAAGCAUAUCCCGCCGUACAUGCCAAGAUUGAAGGCAUGAGCGCCGUACACAACCCCGAGGGUGGAUGGGCCGAUGCUGCGGGCAGCGUCAAUUCUUUAGCCGAGCGCGCAAGCCGGAUCGGCGUCAAUUUCGUUACUGGAAGACGAGGUACCGUCGUUGGCUUUGAAUUCAACAAAAGCUUGACACAAGUAACCGGCGUGCGGGUUCGGUCUGGACCCUCAUUGCGGGCUUCACGAAUUGUCUUGGCCACCGGGGCUUGGACCAACACUCUGGUUCCCAAUAUAGGCCAUGCCAUGUCAGCCUCAGGUCAGCCUGUCGGGUUUAUUCAACUGAGUCCAGAGGAAGCAGCACAGCUGAAGCCCCACCCUGUACUGAUCAAUAUGACCACGGGCGUCUUCUGCUUCCCGCCGUCGCCAGACAACAUCUUAAAACUGGCUCGGCACGGUUAUGGUUACGCUAAUCGCGUACCUGCAUCCUACGGCGCCAAGCUGCCGCAGAGGCCUAUGGUUUCUGCUCCAAAUCGAGAUAAAGAUAAUUCAAGGUCAGGCUAUCUACCGGACGACGCCGACCAGGCCCUUCGUGAGGGUCUUCAACAGUUCUUCCCAGCAUUUGCAGAUCGACCCUGGUCUAAUCGACGCCUAUGCUGGUACACGGAUACACCCGAUGGAGAUUUUGUGGUGGACAAUCACUCUACGGUUCAGAAUUUGUUCUUUGCCACAGGGGGUGCUGGACAUGGAUUCAAAUUCCUUCCAGUGCUUGGGAAGUACCUUGCCGACUGCUUCGAAGAUAAGGCGCCAAGCGACCUGCGACAUAAGUGGCGGCUUCGUCCAGUGAACCAAGAGCAGCAUGGUGAUAAGUUCGGAGAUGGAAGUCGAGCUGGACCUCCUUUACGCCAGCUUACCGCUAUUGAACAGGCAAACUUAUAG